AAUCCACAUGUAUUGAGAGCUAACCGAACAAGCCCUUAUUCUUUAUCUACUAGCUACCGCUCAAGGAUCAUUUGAUCGCUGGUCCUUAUCUCCAGCAGUCCAGCACGAACAGGUCUCCGGUUCUUAUCUCCAGCACGACAACGUCUCUGCUCAGCUGAGCUCAUCUCUCAUCUUCUCAGCCUGGAAAAAAAAUCAGCCGCCGCCCCUGCGCAGAUUUUUUCAGCGUCUAUAUCACUUUGCGCGUGUCCAAGCCACCGUUCAGCUCGAGAAGAAAAUCCUACCGUGCUCGAUUCUUCCCUGCGCGUCUCCUCCGCUUGGAGCUUCCUACGCUCCCUGCGUCCCUCUGUGGCCGGAACUCCCUUCAUGGCCGGAGCUCGGACGGCGCUCGGUCCUGCCACUCCCAUGGCCGCGCCCCCCUGCUUCUCUCUCUCAGCGCUCGCGGCUCUUUCUUUCCUGCUCCGUCCAUGGCUGUUUGCCUCUGCUCGCGGCGUCCCUGCUCGCCCAGCCGAGCUCUCCACUGCCCAGCUCCAUCUCACGGCGCUCUGUCUGCUCGGUUCCAUGGCCUCGGUACUCCAGCUCGUCGUGACCUGCUCCCUCUGUUUCCAUGGCAGGCUCUCUGCUCGUCGCGCGCGCCUGGACGAUCUCCCUGGUGGCUGCCUGUUCUCCCUGUGUACCGCGCGAGUUCUUUGGUAGACGCGCGCUGGCCGUGCUCCACUUCGCCCAUCGCGGCGCUCCAGUUCCAACUCGCUGCGCGCCGAGCUCUUCGCUGUUGUCCGUGCGCGCGCGCCGCUCGUCGACCUCUCUGCUCACGUAUAGCUCGCUCUUUCCUUGUUUGCCGCGCGCACGAAUUUCAUCUGCUCCCACAAGCAUGUCGAGUUCCCGCACCAUCAUCGCUUCUGUCACAAGCUCGUUGACCACAGUUAUUUUGAUCGUGUCAGCUCGCGACUGUGGUCAUGUUCAUCGAAUUCGCCAACACUUUGUUGCCGAUUCGAUUGUCGUCGUUUCGCGUGUUGUCGAGCCCGUCGUUUUCCCCGUUUUGUACUCGCAUGGUUUUCUGCUCGCCGGUGCGCCCUCUCGGCUCGCUCGGCUUUAAUUCCUAAUCGCGUCGUCGAUUCCACCGGUUAGCGUCGUUGCGUCGCGGGUGCAGCUCUAUAUACAUCACCCUCCCGUGUCGUCGUCGUUCCGCGUGUCAGCAAGAAAACCAAAGAAUCAGGUGAAGACGAAGCUAGCAGCGCGAUAUUCCCUAAGCGCUCGAUAAAUUGCCUGGAUCGGAAAAUCGCUACCGAUCUCGUGGAUUCGUGUCAGCUCUGGAAACGGUAAGCUGAUAAAUUAUUCAGAAUAGUUUGAUCGAUGAAUAAAUUAAAGUGCUAGUG